AUGGAGGAGAAUCUAAACACUUUCAUGUUUGGGAAAAGCAAGGAGGAAGUGAAGCAAGUCCAAGAGAAAAUGAUGAUUCAAAAACAAAGGGAGCGGUUUCCAGAAAAGCAGCUGGAAAGCAAUCGUAGCUUCAUGAAACAAGGAGGCAGGCUGUUUUUCAAUCUUGGAAGAACAUUGAAAGAGGCUUAUCAAAGUGGCUGCGAAAACUGUGAGGAGGCAGAACAGAUUGCUAGUCAUGGAAAACUCCCAUUGCUGGGGCAACCAGAGGUCCUUCUUUUUGAGUGGGCACAAGGAUUGACAAACAAUCUGAAGAAGGUGGUGAGCUACGGAGGAUGGAUAGCAGUGAAGGGACUCCCACUUCAAUGGUGGUCGCAGAAAUAUUUUAAGCAGAUCGGCGAUACUUGUGGUGGCUUGCUUGAAGUGGAUAACAGGACAGAAGGCUUCAAACAUCUGUUCGAAGCUCGGAUCAGAGUCAGAGAGAACGAGAUUGGAUUCCUGCCUGAACUAGUGAAGCUGACUGAAGGUAAUCAAUCUCAUAUUGUACGUAUCCAGUCAAUUUUGCCAGCAAGACAACCUGCCAAGGCAAGAAGAAAGGAACUACAAUUCCACUUUCACUGUAAGAAGAAGUUGACAGAGGCUGCUGGGGAUUCUAUCUUUGAAGAUGAAGAUAAUCGGAAUAUUGCUGGACAGUUUUGUGUAGGCAAUUUUCCGGCGAGCUCCAGGUUGCCGGAAGCUGACUCACCAAUAACUGAUAUGACACGUGGCAGUCCUCAAAAUAUAGAGAAACAAAAGGUCCCUGAAGGUUUUAAUGAGAAUACAUGGGAAGCUGCAAAGAUUUCUUGGGAGAAUGAGGAGCCGUCAUUGGACGUGGAGAGGGUAGAUACAGAGAAUAAUACUCAACUGAGUAUGCCUGGCGCUUUAAUUACUGGUGGAGCUCAAUUUUUGAAAAAGAGCAUUAAUGAGGGUUCAAUGAGCAUGGGGCAAGUUGGGCCAACAUCUUUAUUGGACUCAAACUUAAACUUUAAUAUACUACAUCAAUUGUUUCCAGGUUUCAAGAAGGCUCCACUUGAGCCUGAAGGUUUAGAGGCCCAAGGGGAAGUUAAUGCAGUGGCCUGCAAACAGGGUUCUUUUUCUGGAAAAAGAGGAACACAUAAAAGUCACAGUGAAGACAGGGGAAAGUAAGGAAAACCAGGAGAUUUUAAGUCCUCAAGCGCAACAUCCUUGUUAGGAUUGAAAAUUUCAACUAAUCCUGUAGAAAGGAGAAUUCUCAGAAGAUACAGUGAAGCCGACUUGAGGAAAGGCAAUUGGUCUACUGGGUUGGGCGGGUCUCGAAGCUCGAAAACCAAUUCUCCUGCAAAUUCUGGGAAAGUUUCAAGAGACUUGCUUAGGGUGUUGAAGCCUGAAGACUUUGGAGGUAGAAGAUACUUGCAGACAGAACAAUCCUUGGGAGACAACAGAGUAAGCUGUAAUUCGGUGUUAAGAGGAGGAGACGAAGAUGAAGAUAAGGAGGAAGAUGAAGAUGAAGGUGUUGUUGAAGAUGAAGUUGAACAAGAAGAUGAACAAGUAAUUCUUGGAAAUAAGCAAGGAGGAAAUGAAGGAACUUUUGAAGAAGAGCUAGAAAAGGAAGAAAGUAACUGGAAAUCAAAUCAAGAAGAUAUAGAAGAUCUCAUCGAAAGAGAUGGGGAGGAAAACUUGUCUGUAGGUCUUGCUUUGGAUGAUUUGCUCAGUUCAGAUAGCUCAGAUGACGAGUGCAGUGAUGCGGAGUUCUCCUCUGUUGAAGGAAAUCUAGACAGAGAUCCGUUGGAGGAUGAGGAUUUCAGUUUAGAAGGUUUUAUGGAAGGACAAACAACUAGUAAUAACCUAGCAGCAAUUCAAGAAGAUGAAGGAAAGGUGGAAGAUGGGAAUAAUUUUUUCCCUCUAGAGGGGACAAACAAGGUUGGAGCAGUUGCAUCUUGAAAAAAUGGAGAAAUUAAUCGAGCAACGAAAGAAGUUCAAUCUUUAACCAAGCAACCUAAGAGAAAAGAGGGGACAAACUCAACCAACGAGAGAUCACAUCAGACUCAAAAAAAUGUCACAGGCCUACAAAAAAUAGGUAAACUUGGGAAGUUCCUAGCGCCUAUGAAGCUGAAAGUGUAUGCAAGGAAAAAGCAGAAGAGUAAGAACAACCUUGAUGCAAAAGCCAAGAAGGACUGGACAAAUAUGCAGCUAAAUGCCAAUGUUGAGAUGGGAGAAUCCAACAAUUUAAAAUGAAGAUUCUCAGCUGGAACGUAAGAGGGUUGGGGAGUAAGAACAAAAGAAGGGUGAUUAAAAAUUUGUUGAUUGAAAGUGGGGCUGAUAUAGUAAUCUUACAGGAAACAAAAAAAGGCGAAAUAGAUCGAAGACUAAUCGGA